AUGUCAGACUUCACUACUUCUUUCCAAUCUCAAAUGAAGAAUUUCGACAGCAGGUACUCUAGUAAUAAGUACCUACAACAGUUGGAAGAAAGAACCAAUUUGCCAAAAUCCUACAUCACAGUUGGUUUAGCAGCUCUUUACUUAGUAUUGAUCUUCAUCAACGUUGGUGGUAUUGGUGAAAUUCUAUCAAACUUUGCAGGUUUCGUUGUUCCUGCAUACUACUCAUUGAUUGCCAUCAAGACUACCACUAGUAAAGAUGACACUCAAUUGUUGACCUACUGGAUUGUUUUUGCAUUUUUGAACGUUAUUGAAUUCUGGUCAAAGACAAUUCUGUACUUAGUCCCAUUUUACUGGUUUGUUAAGACUGUCUUCUUGUUGUACAUUGCUUUGCCACAAACCGGUGGUGCUGUUUUAGUGUACAACAAUGUCAUUGCUCCAGUGACCAACAGAUACAUUAGAAUUCCUGAAACUAAAUCUGACGAGAUUAGAGCUGCUGUCGAUGACGCUGCUGUUAAGGGCAAUGCCAAGGCUAGUGGUUUCUCCGCUCACCACUAG